AUGGGCAUUGAAAAGACGCAUGCAACAUCGAUGAGACCGCAGGCAAAUGGAUUGGUAGAGAGAUUCAACAGGACACUUAUAUUUAUGUUGAAAGCUUACUGCAAGACAAACCAAGACAAAUGGGACAUCUAUCUUCAGCAAGUUAUGAUGGCCUACCGUUCUUCAAUUCAUAGCAGCACUAAACUGACUCCAAUUAAAAUGGUGUUUGGCCGUGAGGUUGUACUACCAAUGCAAGCGGUGAUAGGUCGCCCAGUAGAGGAUGAACAUAGUUCGGGUAAUGAUGAUUAUGUUAUUGAUUUACAGGAUAAAUUGCAUAAAUGUCACGAGAUAGCACGUGAUAAUCUCAUGCCGCAUCUGCUUACCAGAAAAAGUAUUAUGACAGUAACUGCAAAAGAAAGCUGUAUCAACCCGGACAACUUGCCUGGUUACAUGAUCCAUCUCGAAAAGUUGAUGUUGCACGUGAGGCGAGAAACGCGGUUAGGACAUGGGCUGAGAGCUUUGAUGAUAGUCAAGUUAGAGCUGAUAAGUGGAAUACAGGAUGGGAAAACUGGAGUAGAAAUAGCUAGCAGUAAGGCUAAACCUAGUAAGAGUAGGAGUAUUUCAAGGGAAAAAUCCACAGGUGCAGAUAGCCGAAGAGUUGUGGAGAUACAUGACAGGGAUGAUAAUAGAAGAAGCAGAGACUUUGAUAAUGCUGAAAAGAGAGAUGGGAGAAAUGAAAGUCGGAAGUUUGAUACUGAGAAGGGAGAGAUGAAGAUCUGCGGAAUGAUAGUGAGCGCCGAGGGACAGAUACCGGGAGAGAUAGAGACCGAGAGAUGA